CUAAAGGAGAUAUCACGCACAUAAUAAGCAACAGUGGUCGAAUCUGCGACGGAAAAAUUGUCCAUCAUCAAAAUUCGCUGUCCGCGGAACCAAAAUCGGUUGGAUUCGGUAAUAACUGGCACUGGGAGAAUAAAAAGCAAUCUUGACAGCAUCGGAUUAUGAAGUGUUGAAAAAUCGUGGAAGCAAAUUUGCAGUCUCGCGAAAGCCUUAGCGAAAAAAAAACUGGAGCUCAGUUCUGUGAGAAUCAAAAAGCUAGUUCCGAUCCAUAGUAGCAACAGCAAGGAGCGCAGCGAUUUUGAAUGAUGGCACUCAAUAUUGCAGUUCCGCUGACAACCAUCGGGGAUCUGAUGGAAGGCUUCGGACUACUGUCGCCAAUAUCACCCCUCAGCGUCGACUGCCGGGCUGUAUCAACGACCGGAAGCCGUGUCAAAAAACAGCUUGUUUCACCUGUUGGCAGCGAUUCAAGUGGCAUCAGCUCCCUGGAUUCUGAGGAGAUUAAGAAACCAACAUCGCCACCAACGACUCCAACGGAGGAAGUGGAGAGGCCAUUGACCAGCUCCUCGCCUAUUUCACUGUCUGGGGAAGGUAAGUCCAAAGCUCCGGAAACUGAAGAUGGAAGUCCUAGCCAAUCGUCGUCGUCGUCGUCGUCUUCGUCGUCAUCAUCAUCCUCGUCGACGUCACCAUCGUCAUCAUCAACAUCGAUGCGAUCAUCGUUGUCGUCAGAAGAUAGCAUCUCCGAUGAAACUGGCUCCGGUAAUGAUGAUGUCGCCGAACCGUCAGUACCGGAAUGUGAACCGAAAAUUGUGCUUAGCGGUCGCGAUGUUCUCGAUCUAAUCGACAAUUUGACCGCACCCGGUCAUUUUAGGCUGCAGUUUGCCCAGUUACCGGAAAACGAUAACAUUCACUUUUUUCUGGACAAUCGCUCACAAUAUCACCGUCUUGGAGCGAAUGGACACAUUCAAGAGUACACGAUGGCCAAGUGUAGCUGCUGUGAUUUUCACUAUCCAAUCAAUGGGACAUCCCUGACAAGUGGAAUUUCCACUAUCGGUACAACUACGAUGGCAAACCAAUCGACGAACUUGACCUCUGUAGCUUUUCAACAAACUCAGCAACAGCAGCAGCAGCAGCAGCUUCGACUGCCAUGGUACAACUUUGCAAAUAGCUUGAACGGUAUGGCCAACAAUAGGGACAAGAUGAGUGCGAAUGUCACCACCAAUGCAUUUAAUAAAGCUUUUACUGGUAACGGCGGUAACAGCAAUAAUGGAGGCAAUCAGUAUUUACGCUCCGGCUAUGCCGCGAAUCUUUUUGGAAGAGAUUCCAACCGUAACAACGGCGGCAACAGUUUUCUGAAUAGCACCAGCACGUACAAUAAUCAAAAAUCAUAUCAACAGCAGAGCUUCGGUUUCCCAAACAAUAAUGGAAGUAAAUUCAAUAAUCCGUGCGGUCAACUGCAACAGCCGCAGCAAUAUAACUCCAAGAAUCACUCUUUGCGCUAUGGCACUGGAGGAAAUAAUAGUAUGGGAGGAAGCAAUCACUCCAAUAACUCCAUCUCAAGCGGAUACAAUUCUUCUGCUGCCGUUGCAGCUGCAGCUGCUUUGGCUAAUCAAAAUCUACUGAACUUCAGCGGCUUCAACAAUUCCAACAAUAGCUACAACAAUAAAAGCAACAACAAUAACAUGUUUGCUUAUUAUAAAUCAAUUAUGUAAGAGGAGCAAAUCCGCUAUCGUUGUUACGAAGCACCGAAAACAGUCAUCGGUGUCGGAUGUGUGUCGUGUACUAAUUUGAAUGUCCACUCUGAGUUGAGGAAAAUUCUACAUUUCUUCUGCUAUAAACGAUUUCCUUCAGUGCGAUAGCCUAACGACGAAUCCUUCCAGUUGAUAUUUAGUUGCAAAAAUUCAGCGUAAAUCGUGACCAGCCAUUGCGGUGGACCAAAAUAUACCAAACAUCGAGCACGAAGAAACGAGCAGCACAGCGUUAGAAGGCGAGAAAGGUGGUUUCUGGUAAAAACAACAUAAUUACAUUUUUAUACGUCGAGAUAUUUAACUGCGAGUCAACUAAAAAAAAUCGUUGUAAUUAUUAUACAUACCCACACAUACGCGCAACCAAGCAUAUAUAUUUUUAGAGUAAUUGACUUUGUGUAAGAAAUUAAUGUUGAAUUUUAGUUAUUUAUUAUUAUCGAAUGUAUUUUCUAGCAAAACCCAAACCAUGCAAGGAGCUCCUAGUUUUUAUAUAGGUAUAUCAGUGCUUUUCGUUAUGUUAUACGUGUUAGGAGAAUCCCUCGUUGAAAGAUUAAAUCAGAGGGAAAUUUUGUUCCGCUUAUCCUAUCGAGAAAUAUGGUUUUAUAAAAUUUACUACUACCCAGAGAAAAAGAUCUCACAGUCAAAAUCUACUGAACUAAGAUCAAAUCAAAAGUAAAUAACAGUUGAAGUCAAAAUGCUUAGUUGAAAACUGACGGCACAGCCUGAAAUAUAAAGCAAAUUUUUUGAGGAAACUGUUUUCCCCCUGAAAUCUUUUUUUAUAAAAGCAUUAUUCACAAUGUGUGUUUUAGAAUAAGGAAAAGGCUAAAACUUUAAAUGAAAUGGUUUUUAUUAAGAGGAUCAUCACGCUAAACAGAACAAGAGAAAGGAAGAUGAGUUUUACGUUAGAAUUAAAGCCUUCCCGUUUGACCGUCGACGAUUGAGAGCAUGAAAAAGUCAAAUUGGCUAAUCACAAAGAAUCGUACCUAGUAUUAAUAGUUUUGUCGAUCAUUUUCCAUUAAUAUUGUACACAUUUGAAAAUAUUGAGCUAAAAACACAUUAGAAAAGCUCUACUUUGAAGCAGGAAUGAGAUUUCAGCUUACUUGCCAACUUCAGGGAUUCUGACCAACAAAGGAGAAACAGCAGUUUUACAUCUAUCACAAAAUACUAAUCUAACAAGCAGUUUAAUGACAAUGCCAAAAUCUAGUACUUUUAAAGACAAACAUGUUUUCCUUGAUAUUUAGUCUGAAAAUUUAAUUAAGCAAGAUACAAAAAAAAACGAAGAAUUAGCAAAUUUAAUACUCACUUAAAUCAUAGCACCAUCAUGGCUGGCCUGAGCUGAGCUACGCGAUAUCAACAAAAAGCAGAUCACCAGAAGACUCGCACCGCGGGCUAAAAAUUCCUCUUCCGUAAACCUACUCUUUAUCCACUAGUUUUUACUACCCCAAAUACGAAUAGUUGUUGUGAGAGCAGACAGAUGUAGGAUAAACUAAUCUAAUUAGGCGAUAGAAAUUACAAAUUUCAAUGCUACGUAGGAAAUAUGUUCCCAAGGAAAUUGAAAUUGCUGAAAAUAACAACAGCGUGAAAUUUUAACAGACUUGAGCGUUUCAAAAACAAGCAAUGCUGUAAUUUUUUUAUUCUAACAACAUAAAACGGCCACAAACAUUAUUGUCAUCAAAGUUGCUAGUGAGUAGUGAUACUUCUUAUUUUAUUUUAUUCUAUCGAAAAAGUGAUUUUCAUUUGUUUAAAAAAUAUAUUUAAUUAUUAUGAUAUCUGCAUCCGGUUAUUAUUCAAAUCGACGAACACGCACGCACGCGCACUUAUCACACCGGGAAAAGUCAGUCCUGGAGAGUAUGCGAGUUGAGGUAACAAACGAAUAACUAAUUAUUAAACGUGCAAACAAGUGCUCAAAAUUGACUACGAAAUACGAAAGAUAAAACCGUUCGAGCCUGUGUGGGGUUUCGCUUUCCAAAUAUGAACUAGCACACUUAAGUGCGUCUUAUAAACCAGCGACAAUGCUCUAUGUUCCGCUGCUAUCCGUAGACAUUCUAUUGACGGAACAGUUUUAUUGUCUAGUAAUUUCUGAUAACAUCGUUACUCAUUUUUGUUUGCAUUUGGCACUAGUAGAAAGGACAAUAGGAUGUGUAAAAAUUUGCAUUUGCGAUUUCUUUUUUCUAAUUUGGCACUUUAACGUUAAAAAUCAUUGCCAGGAAUUUUUAGUAUUUCACAGAUAGCAAAUCGCUGAAAAAACCUUCAAUAGUUGAAUAGUUGGCUGUUUUCGUAAUACUCGAGGGCAUUCUUAAAACACGAUGCUCAAUUCGACAAACCUCCUCACCCUUAGUAGCACUUUUGAUUAUUUUUUCCAUUGUUAAUUCCUUUUUGUCGCUUUUAUUAUGCGUUUCCUCAGUGCUUUAAAAUUUGAUUGUUUGAUGAUCGCAACAGUUAUCUUAUUUAUGUAGUAUUAAAAGAAAGCUAUCCAGCAAAAAGCAAAACUAUUGUAUGACGAUUAAUUUUUCAGUUUUUUUUUUUAGUUUUUUUUUGUUGCUUACUGUGAUGGUCAUUGAUUAAAAUGUUAAAAUGUGUAUUGUUUUUUUGUUUGUUCUCUUAUAAAAAAAUGGCUAACCAUAGUACAUUACCAUUACUAUAUUGUUUGUGACCGGCAUUCUGUCACCACUACAAAGAAGCGCAGUUGCGAUUGUCGAUAUAUUACUUAUUAUUACCUAGUUUCAGAUACGUGUAUCUUAACAUUCUAGUUUUUCGUAGUUCAUAAAAGGUUUUUAAUUAAUCACUAGCAUUAAGUACGUUUUGAUAAAGAACGAGAAAAUAUCUGCAUAAAUAGUUAAAUAACGUUACGAAGAAUUCCUAUUCGAUACUCGAAUUGCCGAUUAAAACAUGCGAAAACAAGCCUAUUUUAACGCUUAACAUAAAUCGUUAAUUGUGUAUAACUUCUGAACUGCUUGAUGCGAUAUUAGGGAAAGGAUUGGGUUGAGCAUUUUAUGUUUCCUGUUGUCUCUAUCGACGGUAAAAAUUAAUCGUCAUACCAUAAGUUCACCAGCACACUAAAGACGUUAAUCUAAUCACUAUGAGCGUAGUAAGAGCAUCGAGUCAAACUAUUCGCAAAAGCAGCAAGUCAGUGUAGAAGCAGAAAUUUAUUUAUACUUAAGUUAUUUUUGUCCAGUGUUUUGUUUUUCUUUUCACUAUUUUUUUUCUCCAAAUUUCGAUAUUGUUUCACAUGUUCUCACUAAAUAUCAUAAUACGAAACGAAGAAAAGAUCCUUCCUGAUAGUCAUUAUUGCCUUAUGAAAGCAUGUUGUAUAUAUGUGUGUUAUCUUCUUUACCGUAUAAGCAUAGUAUAGGAGCACAUAUGUUGGUAUGUAUGUGUGUACGUUUGUAUGUUCUACAACCAGAUAAGACGGGAGGAAGAGGUAAAAUAACAUAGAGAGGCAAAAUUGGAGUUGGAUAGCUGGAAUGAAAACGAUGGAAUUUCGACAAUAAAGUAUAAAAAGUUUUUUUCGUUGUUCUGUACUCUUCCAAUAGCAUAAUAUGUUUAUUUUUUAAAUUUCAAAGCAAAAAUGUUAUGUACUUAACCAUCCACAUUUAAAAACAUUAGAAACCAGAAACAUCCAGACCUAACUAAAAGGUGGAGGCAAAAAUGAAAACAUAACAAGUGAUCUCAAAGAACUCUGUUUAUUGGGUAAACGGUGCUCGAUCGUAGGCAUCGAUACAAAUAUGAACAACAAUGUUUGUAAAAUAAUAGAAUAGUUCAUAGGAUUUUGUAUUAAGUGUACUGUCAAAAUGUCGUGGAAAAUGCCUUUUCUUGGAAAAUUAUUGAAUUUAUUAGGAGCGGUAAGAAUCUAUUAAAGUGGAGUGCACCAGCGAAGCUGUAUGUUUACUAGCAGUAGGAAAUAAAAGAUAGGUGUUUUCUCUUUUCAUCUGGUAACUACUUUUUUUAUACUGUCGAUAGUAAAAUUUUACUUAGGUUUUGUUUAAUUGAGGCACUGCUUCUUUUGUUUGUUGUUAUAAAUUUCGACUAUAAAUGAAUGCCUUAACAAUAAUCUUGUAUUUUCGUUUGAACAACUUUUUGGCUGCUUUUCUGGUUAAAAAGAUUUACCUUUUAUAGUACAAAAUAGUGCCUUAUCGAAUGAAUAAAAUGUGUUUGCUCUUAAGAUUAAAUUAUUCUGUUAUCGGCAGUAUAAAAAUUUCCUUCUUUGCGCUCAACAACAAUCAUUUGCUCUGAAUUUGAAUUAGCAAGCAGAAGAAUUUUUUCUCCUAUCAAAAUUCAGUUUAUCAACUAAAAUUUUAAAUCUCAACGUUUAAAUACCGAUUUGUCAUCGCGUUAUUUUGCCUUUUCCACCCCUCUUGGUCUAACGUAUUCUUAUAGUCUUGUGCAAGCAACAGAAUUUAUCGCAAGAUGGUAGCAAUAUUAAUAUUUAUAACUCACUGAACAUCAAAGACAGCUAGAAUGCAUCAACGUAAGGCAUCAAAAUCAAUACCACCAUAACUGGGAAACGAACAACAUUAUCUCGUAGUAUCUUAUAUGUAACGUUUUCCCUCGUGCUUAAGCCAAUAUGUUCUGAUGUUUAGAUAUGUUAUAUACAUAGCAGACUGCUACACUUUCGACAGCUAGACCCUCACGUAGGACUACGUAACAUACCACAAAACGACACAGAAGAAAUAAAUUCAAUCAUCUUGAAAUCAACUCAAAAAUAAGGAAAAAUCAUUUUACGUUCAGCAAAGUUCAAAUCGUAUAAUAUCUUUAUUAAUGAAAUACCUUUCUUUUAGUGCAGUAUACAGAGUUUUUAUUAUAUAUUAGAUUUUUACACUCUACAUAUUAGGCAAAAAAUGAUGAUAAGGCAAACGAGGAUGACGUUUUUGUACGGUAGAAUACGACUAGUUAAUUUCAAUUUUUACUGCAAACAUAAUAAAAAUGGCAAACGUUGUAUAAAUUGUGUGUUAGGCUGAAAGAAAGAGAAUGUGAAAAAAAAUCAAGUGAUUAGCGCCUCUGACUCCAUUUUGCUGCUUCAAACUGACAUACCAAUUGUUAAUAACAAAGAAAAAAAAUGCAAUUAAGAAAUACUAAAAAACGAAACAUUAUGCAAACAAGAAGAAGAAGAAGAAACACACUAUAUUCUUAUUGAUUGAGACUGUAUAUUCCAUUGUGAUAAAACAUAAUUAAUAAAUAAAAAAGAAAAUUAAAGUACGUUGAAAUAGUGAAUGAA